GACGACCAUGAUCCUUGGAAUGAUUUCUCACAGCAGCGGGCGGACCCCAUCGUGGAGCUUGUCACAGCUCGGGCCGCGGCCGAGAGUAGCCGACCCCUCCAUUCUGCAGGCACCACAAUACGCCACACCCUACAGCGUCUGGGACACCCAACCCUCACCGACACCACAGCAGUUCCCACCGGCGGCCUUGCCGCCACUACACCCAGCACCAUUGUCACAACCGGCACCCAUCCUCCGCCCACUGGCACCGGCAGCGCCAUCACAACAGCACAGCAUCUUCAG